AUGGCCAACGUACUCGUACCUGCCAAAGAAUGGAUCCACCCGGCUCUGAGAGAGCCGUGUCCGACAGCAACCGAGGAGCAGUCGGCACUAGAGUAUGCUACGCCAUUGAUGAUCAAGUAUGCCUACGAAAAGUACCGAUACAACCUCACUCCCCGCGAGGUGUACGAGAUUCUGUACGAGGGUUGCUGGGAGGGUGUUGACGACUUUGUCGAGUACAUGCAACAAGACAUGAGCCCAACUCCCGAGGGUCUGCGCGUGUAUACAUUUGAAGAGGUAGACGCCAUGGAUGCAGCCCUGCGCAAGGGAGAGUGUGCUGAAGAAGAAAUUAUUGAGGAUUUCGAUGAUGAAUCGGAAGACGACGAGGAGGAGCAGGUUCGUAACAUCCGCGAUGUGCUCGAAGAUGGUGGAGAGGAUACCCAAUUCUUUUUCCGCAUGUUGGAGCGCGACGAGGAAGAUAAUGAGACUGAAGAGGACUUGAUGCCACUCGAUCCACUGCCGCUCUAUGAGAGCCAAUGUGGAGACGAUGAAGCCAUCCUUGAAUCAGACAUGCCUCCUUCCUUUUCGCCUGGGCCCGCUCCUCCCGAGUAUACCGCCCAAGCCUUGGUAUUGUCUUGUCACGAUCAAGUAGUCGAGAAUGAAGAAGACUUAGUGGCUACCAUCGUUGAGGAUUAUUACUCCGAGGUUGACACGGAAGUCGAGGUCGACGAGAGCGUCAAAAGUGCCCAGGAGCCUAUUCAGAGCAGUGCCAUUUCGCAGUUCUGGCCAUCGCCUCUUGGUACUGCUGGGUGGACGCAAGACAAGAUCUCGAAUUCCCGACGUGUAUUUACAUCGACUGCAGUCAAGGUCGUGCCGGCCUUGGUGAUUAUGGGAACUCUGCUUUGGAGAGAUCUGCAGGGAAAAUCAUGA